AUGAUGUUCUCGCGGUACAUGGCCGCUUGCGCCGACAUCAUGCAGGAGAUUGAUCCGGACCUCGCCACUAAGAUGAGUGGAUUUGCCGGCGUUGUUAGGGCUGGUGUGGAGAGGUACGGCAAGUUCAAGCAUCCCGAGUUUGGCGAGAUGUACGCGUACGAGGUGGACGGGUACGGAGGCCGAUAUCUCAUGGACGACGCCAACAUACCGAGCCUGCUGAGCAUACCGAUGCUCGGCUACCUAGACAUGAAAGACCCGGUCUACCUCAACACUCGAAAAUUUGUCCUUAGCACCGAGAAUCCGUACUACAUGUACGGCCCCGUCCUCAACGCCACGGGAGGGCCUCAUAUCGGACCGGGGAUGGCGUGGCCCAUGGCCCUAAUUGUGCAGCUCCUGACCUCUGAUAACGACUACGAGAUUGAAGUGGGCAUCAAACAAUUGCUAUCAUCGACAGAUAACCUCGGCCUUAUGCACGAGUCCAUACAUUCCCAUGACCAGCAUAGGUGGACGAGAUCCUGGUGA